AUGGCUGGUUCACAUGAGUCGCAGAACGUGGACGUCACAUUAUAUAUGUACCAAAAUUCUGAAUCAAAAUUUUUUGAAGAAUCCACAAAUAAUAUGGAAACAGAAGAAAAUAAAACUCUUGAAAUGAAUAAUUGUAUUAAUGAUGACAAAGAUACAAUAUUUAAUAAAACUAUUCAAAGUACAGACGAAAAGAUUGACCAGAAAAAUGAACUUAAAAACAAAGAUAUUCAUAACAGAUUAUUUAGAAUAAUAGAUAGUGAUGCAGAAGAUGAAAAUAUAUUUAUUUUUAAUCGAAAAAAUAAGAAAUCUACUUAUGUUGAAUCAGAUAAUGACAUGUCUGAUUCACAACAUGAAAAUGAGUCUAACAAGCCCAUAAAUAGUAACACAGCUAAGAAAUUUUUUGACAAUAAUUCUAAUGAAAUGUCCAGUAUACAUAAUGAUAAUGACACUGAAGAAACCGUUUCAAAUGAAGAAAAAGCUACAAAAGCCUCUAAGGAAAAAGCAAUGAAAGAGAUACAUAGUGAAACUCAACGUUUGAUGAGAAAAGCUGAGAUUUCACUUCCUUAUCAUAAACCAAAGCAAAGGACAUUGCAAGAAUUUUUAAGUAGAAAAAAGGUGAUAACAGUUCUUCCAAAAGCACCCACAAUGGCAGCUAAAUUAAAAAUGUCUUCUGCUAUUGUUGAUGAAGUCUUAAAAGAAAAAGAAAAAGAAGCAGAAAUAUUUUAUAAGUCCUCAGACUCAGAAGAAGAAGAAGUUAUGAGAACAGACAAAGAACCUGCAAAUAUAAAUUGUACACCUGGCCAUAAAAAGGAUGUUGUUUCCCGAAAAUUAUUUAUUACUAACAGUUUGUCCACAGAACAUAACAAAGAAAUUUUAGAGGAAAUAAAAGAAGUUGAAAACAAUGAAGCAACCAUGCAUGAUUCAAUAGAAAAUAAUGUAGAUGUCUCAAUGAUAACAGAAACUCACUGUGAGUCUAAUAGUACAGAAAAUAGGAAUGAAGUCUCUGAAUCGAAAAUUACAGAAACAACUAAAGAUGAUAAAAUAAAUGAUUUGUUACAAAAAGAUGUUACCGAUAACGAAUGUGGGGAAGAAAAUAUACCUAUUAAUAGUGAUGAGCAUAAUUCCGAAAUUGUAAAUAAACUCCCAAAUGCUUCUACUUCAAAAAUUAAUGAUGAUUAUGCAAAAAUUGUAAAACAGUCUUUGGGAUUAACUGUAGACGAAUCUGACGAAUACAAUGAGUAUGGUUUACCACCUCCUAAAUUCGAUGACUCACCAAAUAUUGAUGAAAAUAAAACUUUAUUGAAUAUAACAAAUUUAAAACCUAAAUUAAGGGGCACUCCAGGUACAAUGAUUGAUUUGUCAGAUGAUAUUAAUCCUAAUAAGAAAGAAAUAAAUGCUUUAAUAGAUCGAUUUGUACAUAAACAUUCCAAAAUUAAUAAACAAAUUAUUGAUGCACCUAAAGUUACAACAACACAAAUAAAAACAUCUCCAAAUGGACUAUCAAUCGUUAAAGAAACACUCCCAUACAGAUUACCCAAUGUAGUAAGUGAAGAUCCUAAAUUAAAUAAACCUGGAGCAAAGUUAAUGCAUUUAAAAGAAGAAUUAAAACAUAAAAUGGCACUAAAACGUGAAGAAGAAUGGAAACAAAAAGAACAAGAAAUAGAGUGGAAUGUAUCCAUAAGUGAGGAAAAUAAUUUGAGUGAACCAUAUUCCCCAAGUAUAGAAUCUCAUAACAGUGAGGAUGACGAAUUAGAAGAAAAUGAUGUAUAUGUAAGAAAAGAAAAAAAAAGAAAGAAAAGAAGUGCCUUUAUAGAAGAUGAAGCUGAAGUUAGUGAACAUGAAAUAAACGAUAGUGAUGAAAUUGAAGAUGAAGAUGAAGAUGAAGAUGAAAAUGAAAAUGAAAAUGAAAUACAGGAGGAUUCGGAAGAAGAUGAAAAAAGUGAAGAAGAAUGUGAAAAGCUUGUUUUGGAAGAUGGAAAUGAAAGUAGCACCUGUGAUAGCAAUGAUGUACCUUCAAAAUCUAAAUCAUUUAAACGAAUUGUGCAACCCUUAAAUGAUGAUGAUUCAAGGUUUUCAUAUAUUGAAAAUGAACAGUUUAGCAAUAAUAAAAGUGAAAUUCCAAUCUUUCAAGUACAUAUAGAAAAUAAUACAAAACAUCAGAGAAGCCAAACGCCCAUAACUAAAAGUAGCACUUUCGACUUGGUUUCUCCUAUAAUGCAAUUAACAGCAUUAAAUGUACAUUUAGAAGAAGAAAAAGAGCCAAUUGAAGUAGCCAAACCACUGUUUACUGAUGAAGUUGAAUCCAUUCUGAAAGGAAGUAUACAAACCCCAGAGCUAUCUCAGCAAAUAUGCAAUUUAAAAAGACAAGCCAUCUCUCAAAAGAAGCUAUUUGUCGAUGAAGGUGAUGUAUUGGAUGAGGAACUGAUAGCAAUAUCCUCAGGCAAAUUUACGGAAGAUAAACUUAGUUUUAAUUUUUCAAAGGAACCUGAUAUAAGUGAAUCACAAUUAUUAGACUUGUGUUCAGGAACAUUUAGUUCUCAAGCAAACGAUCCUGAACAGGCAACAACUGACCUCUCAAAAGAGAUACCACAAAGCAUACAAUUGCCUAAAAAAAAGGUUUCACUAUCUACUAAAAUAGAUGAACAGCAAUUAAACAAGAAUACGUAUUGGAAUAAAUUACAGGUUGUAUCUUCUGAUGAAGAAGAUUUACUAGAAAAAGAAAUUAAUAAACGACCAACAAAAAGGGUUAAAAAACUAAAUCUAACCGAUGACGAGGAAGAAAAUAGUUCUGCAUUGAGUAGCGAUGACGAGGACAAAGAAGAUGACAAUGAAAAAUAUAUAGAUUAUGAUUCAGAAGAGAAUGAAGUAAUUGUUCCAAAGAAAAAUAUAAAGCAAUAUGCUGCUACAUUUUUAGAAGAGGAAGCUGAGCUUAGCGAUAGUGACUGUGAUGUAUCUGCAGAUGAGGAUGAAGAAGAUUUGGAUAAAAUGGAAUUAGAAGAAGUAGACGAUGAAGAAAUCGACGAAGCAUUAGUAAAAAAGCAAGUAGGAAAACUUCAUAUGAAGCAAUUAUUGGACGACGAUAAAAAAGAAGUAAGAAUGCUUCAAGAAUUGUUAUUUGAAGAUGGAGACUUGUACAGUGAGAGUGCACGGGAGAGAAAGUUCAAAUGGAAAAAUAUAGACAAACAAGCUGACAACAAUGAUUCCCGACCGUUAGAAGGUAAAGAUGGUUGGGUAGAUUUAUCAGAUGAAGAAGAUGAAGUGAAUUGGCGUAAAAUGAGAUAUGAAAGGGAAAAAUUUUUAGCAGAAAAAAUGGCAACUGAAAAUACCGACAUCCAAAAUGAUUUAAAUAGUAGUCAGAUAUUUAAAUUUGGUUUAAAGGUCUUAAAGAAAAGACGAAUUGAUGAAUCCCAAAAACAAAACACGUUAGUAGAAACUCUUGAUUCUAAAGAGGAAUCGAACGUACCCUACACUAUUGCAGCGAUGUUGAAUAAUUCAACAUUAAAAGGGAACUCACGCAUACAUAAUGUUAUGCAAAAACGUUCAUUUCUUGCAAGAGGACAAGAAUCACUAGCGCGACUAGCUGCUUUGGCCAGACGAAAGGAAGCACCAAAAGAUUCAAUAAAAGCAAAAAAUUUUUUCUUUGCUCAUGUUGACCGAACUACAGAAAACGAAAGUGUGCCGAUCAUGGAAACAAAAUCAAAAAACGUUAAAACAAAAAGAAAUCGGUAA